ACCAAACAGAGGGAGGAACCAAGGAGAAAACAACAAGGUCGCAAAGAGUUCUUUCCUACCAAUCUUUCCCAGCUCCUUUUCCCCUCACGGUCACAGGCUCCACAGUUUCACUGCGGCCGGCUAUUGGUGCGCACCGAGCCACGCAGAAGCGCCGCUGGUCCUCGCACGAUUUGAAUGCCUGCAGCGCAGUAGCGAGUGUGCGCGCUGCGCGUCUGAGCCCUUUUCGCUCGCGCACCACCUCCCCUCGUGUCGCACUCGCGCCAUUUAAGCGCUACGAGCUCAGCUCGGUAGCGGGGGGAGACGCCAGCGGCCGCGCACCGGUUUGUCCGGCGGAGAAUGGCGGUGGUGGUGGCGGGCGGCGGCGGCGGCGGCCAAGGCGUCAGGGCGAAAGCGGCGGAGCAGGCGAGGCUGCCGUGGCGGGAGCAGGAGCCGAGGAGCCCCGACAUCGGCCCGCCGCCGAGGCCGCCGCAGCGCCGGCAGAGACCGGCGAGGGCGGCGGUCGUGUACUACCUCUCGAGGAACGGGCACCUCGAGCACCCGCACUUCAUGGAGAUCGCGCUCUCCUGCCCCGACGGCCUUUACCUCCGAGACGUGAUCGACCGGCUCGACGCGCUGAGGGGCAAGGGCAUGGCGCGCAUGUACUCGUGGGCGUCCAAGAGGAGCUACCGGAACGGGUUCGUGUGGCACGACCUGGCGGACGACGACUACAUCCACCCCGUGAUCGGCCGGGAGUACGUGCUCAAGGGCACCGAGCGCCUGCACCCGCCGGCGCGGUCGGCGCCCCCGCUGCUCGACGCGGCCGCCGCGUCCUCGUCGUCGUCGGGCUCGCAGGAGACGCCCACCUCGUCGUCCUCCGCCAGGUGGGAGGUGCACCGCAAGAAGAGCGCCAGCGCGUGCGGCGCGGCCGGGAAGCUCGGCGAGUACGUGGUGUACAAGGGCGAGGAGCGCGCCGCGGACGCCGCGACGCAGACCGAGGACGCCGGCCGCGGCCAGGGCCACCCGAGGCGCGUCAAGGCCCCCGCCGCGCAGGACGAGCUGAGCCGGGCGGAUACGUCGUCGCCGCCGACGGCGUCGACGAGCCCCGAGACGCUGGAGGCGCUGAUCAAGGCGGACGGGCGCGUCGUGGCGGCCGUCGGCGGCGGCGGCCGGGCCCGGGCGCCGUCCGUGCUCAUGCAGCUCAUCUCGUGCGGGUCCGUGUCCGUCCAGGAUGCGCACGCCUCCCCGGUGAUGCCGCGCGCGCACCACCGCCACCACCACCACCACCACCGCGCGCGCCCGCCCCGCCCGCCGGCGCCGUCCGCGGCCGCGGCGGCGGUCCCGUCCUACCGCGCGAAGAUCGUUGAGGACAAGGAGUACUUCAGCGGCAGCAUCAUCGAGACCGCGAAGCGCUCGCCGGACGACGACGCGUCCCAGGACAUGGCCGUCCCCGUCCUCCGUCGCUCCUCGUCGUACAACGCGGACAGGGUGAUAAAGCUGGAGCUGGCCGAGGAGGCCGGGGACCUGCAUGACCGCUGCAUCCCGCGGAAGCCCAAGGCCAAGAAGGAAGGGUACCUGGUCAUCUCCUGCGCCGCGCAGGGGAAUAACAAGGGAUGAUGACGAGGGUGGCGUCGUCGUCGUCGUCGUCGGCAUGUGGCCGUCAUCCGGCGAGCUGGCUAUACCGACGCCUGCGUGGUGUGGCUUCUUCCGUAGGGAACAGUAGAUGACUGUCCGGUAGUCCAGCUCAAUUUGAUGCCUUCUGCUUGUUAGAUACUGCCUGUGAUUUUCCGAGUGAAGUGAGCUCUGUUGAUAUGUGUGCUGCCUCGUUGUCUGAACUUCGUACUGUCUACUACCAGUGAUCUGAUUAUGCUCUGUAACGGGUUUUCAGUCGUACCUAUGUGCCCUAGAAAAUGAAAAAUGUUAACGUGUACUGCUAGUA